AUUCUCCUCAACGUUUUUUGUAUCUACUAGAUAAACAUUAUAAGAUGCGAAUUAUUUGAUUGGACACAAAAAGUCAGAAAUAGCAUAAAUAAUGUAUUAUCGCAGCAUUUAUCGCUUCAAAAAGAUAGUAACAAAUCCUUGUAGGAUGAUCGAUGGUGAGGAUAUCUCAAUAUUUUUUUUUAAAUUGCCUUAUUUUAUUUAAAACAGUAGUUCUCUACAAUAAACUAUAUAUUAUUUAAUUAAUAAUAAUGAAGGAAAAAACUCAACCUAGGUUUUUUUUUUUUUUUAAUUUUGCAAAUUGAAAUGUGAAAAUGUGAUAUUUGAUAAAAAUAUGGCUCAUCAACGUACGGAACAUUACUUAAGUAAACAAAACAAAACAAUGGCGUCAGCUUGAAACCCUACGACGGCGAGAAAUCAGCGGAAGGAUAUUGAUGCCGGCGGCGGCUUGACGGGCGAAAUUUGGUGUGAAAGGCUCGUCGGUUCACGUUUGGAACUCCAGCGAUCUCCAAAGCCAUCGAGGCCUCAAUCUUUGGCAGAAGGUUACGGAAUUGGGGAGAGCAGAUUGAAGAUGUUAGUCCAUAGGGGGGGAACCUGAGAAGGAACAAUCGAUAGCAGGUAUUUUGGUCUUCGAGCGGUUCCUGGGGCAGGCUGGGCUAGCUUCAAUGAAUGUUUGUUUUUUCUAGGCUUGUCCUAGCAGUUAGGUCCGGCAGUGCUUUUCCAAUGAGUAUAAUCAGUUGGAAUUGUUGUGGUCUUGGAAAUCCGGCAACGGUGCAAUGUUUGGCAGAUAUUAUUCAAGUUCAUCGUCCAUCUGUGAUCUUCCUGAUGGAAACAAAAAUCCGGUGUCAAAGAGCAAAGGAGGUACUGAGAACAAAUGGCUUCUCCCAGAGUGUUGGUGUGGACAGUGCAGGCUUGGGUGGGGGACUGAUGGUUGGAUGGAAUGAAGACUUGGAACUAAAUGUUGUACAGUGCCAUGCUAAUGUCAUUGACACUACUGUUAGAUUAGCGCCAAAUGAUCAGGUUUGGAGGCUCACCUUUUUUAUGGCUUCCCGGAAAUCGUGCGCAGGGGAGAUGCUUGGAAUAUGUUGAAAGGUUUAGGGGAAAACAAUAAUGUAACAUUGAUGAUUUUAGGGAUUUCAAUGAUAUUUUAUAUGAGUCUGAGAAGAAAGGAAAUACUUUCCAGCAACCCUGGCGACUAAAUGGGUUCAGGGAUGCGGUGGCAUCUUGUGGCUUGAGGGACUUCCCAUUUGAGGGAUAUCAGUGGACCUGGGAGCGAGGUAAAGGCACGAACUAUCAUGUGGAAAAGAAGUUGGAUAGAAUCCUUGUUAAUGACGAUUGGUGGAACAGGUAUACGGCGGCACAAGCAUCCUCGGUGGAAGCUCCGGUGAGUGAUCACAUGGCCUUAUGGGUUAAAGUUAUUCCGGCACCGGUUACUCGAAGAGAUAAAAUUUUUAAGUUUGCAAAUAACUGGCUGAAGGAAGAGGAAUGUAGGACUGUGGUAGGUAAUAGUUGGAGGGCGAGCCAUCAUCUCUCGGUCAGUGAGAGAAUUCUUUUUUGUGGUUCUGAACUUCUGAGAUGGGACAGUCGCAGAAAGAAAGGGUUUAGACAGCAGAUUCAGGCAUGCAAGAGGCGUUUGGCAUGGUUACGGGGUAGAGAUGACUGGAGAAGCACAGGGGAUUUUUUACGGAUUUGGUCUACACUCUAUUCUUUGAUGGAAAAGGAGAACUUAUUCUGGAAGCAGAGAGCAAAAGAAUUUUGGCUAAAAGAGGGAGAUAUAAAUUCCCGGUUUUUCCAUAAUGCGGUCAAAAGCAGAAGGCGAAAAAAUAAAUUAUCCGGGCUAAAGAGAAUUGAUGGCACGUGGUGUACGGAUAGAGGUCAGGUGGGGGCUAUGGUUCGAGACUAUUUCGAACAACUAUUCACCCGAAGGGGUAACACAGGAGUGGCUGAUUGUUUUGGGAAUUUUGGCCAGAUUACAGCUGAGCAGAAUCGACUUUUACUUCGAGAUAUUUGUCCAGAGGAGGUUCGAUCAGCUAUUUUUGAUAUGCAUCCUGAGAAAGCCCCGAGAUCGGAUGGUAUGAAUCCUGCCUUUUUCCAAAAAUAUUGGGAUAUAGUUGGACCGGAUAUAUCUAGGCUUUGCUCAAAUAUUUUUGAUUCAGGAAUUAUUCCAAGAGAACUCAAUGUGACUAAUCUUGUUUUAAUUCCAAAAAAAGAUAAGCCUGAAGAUAUGGGGGAUUGGAGGCCGAUUGCAUUAUGUAAUGUGGUGUAUAAAAUUUUCUCAAAGGUUUUAGCCAAUAGAUUAAAAUUCUUAUUGGGAAGUCUUAUUGGAGAAAAUCAAAGUGCGUUUGUUCCAGGGCGGUCUAUUGUGGAUAACGUUGUUGUGUCAUUUGAGACACAUCAUGUUUUGAAAAGAAAAUGCAAGGGUAAAGAGGGGUUUGUUGCCUUGAAAUUGGACAUGAGCAAAGCUUAUGACAGAGUGUGUUGGGAUUUUUUACGAGAGAUUAUGAUCCGAAUGGGGUUUGCUGUGAGAUGGGUGAAUAUGGUUAUGGAAUGUGUUUCGACGGUCAGCUAUUAUGUACAAUUUGAGAGGGAUUUUUUGGGACCGAUUACACCUGGUCGUGGCCUCAGACAGGGGGAUCCCCUUUCUCCUUAUUUGUUUAUUAUGGUGGCGGAAGGCCUGAGUGCAUUACUGAAGAAGGCGGAGGCUCGGGGCGACAUCCACGGGGUGGCGGUCUGUAGGGGGGCACCUCGGGUCUCACAUCUUUUAUUUGCGGAUGACAGUUUUCUUUUUUUCAGAGCUACUAGCGAGGAGGCAGGGAUUAUUAAAGAUAUUUUAUCUGUUUAUGAGGAGAAUUCAGGGCAAAUUGUGAACUAUGGGAAGUCUUCGUUAUCUUUCAGCCAGAAUGUUGGGGAACAGUUCAAAGGAGCCUAUUGCAGUAUUUUUGGGAUCCCGAUGGUAGGGGGUCAGAGUAGAUAUCUUGGUCUACCAACGCUUGUGGGUAAGAAUAAAUAUGCUAUUCUAGGCUAUUUAAAAGACAAAAUUUUUAACAGGAUUAAGAACUGGAAUAAUAGAUUUUUAUCCAGGGCAGGUAGAGCGGUUCUGUUAAAAAAUGUGAUUCAGGCUAUGCCUAAUUAUGCUAUGAACGUUUUUUUUGCUGCCGAAUAAUUUAUGUGAUGACAUUGAGAAAUUGAUGAAUGGGUUUUGGUGGAGAGGUGCAAAAUUUGAGCAGAAGGGAUUGAGGUGGAGACGUUGGGAGGCCCUUUGUAAGCCGAAAAAUAUGGGGGGUCUGGGAUUUCGGAGAAUAAGGGAAUUUAAUCUAGCUAUGUUAGCGAAACAGGGGUGGAAGCUAGUCACAGAGCCGGCUAGUUUGAUGAGUAGAGUGUUGAAGGCCAGGUAUUUUCCCAACUCGGAUUUUUUAAAUGCUCAUGUUGGAAACAACCCUUAGCUUCAUUCAUUUGGUGUAGUAUUUUUGAGUCACAAAAUAUUCUCAAAAAUAACAUCCGAAGGAGAGUUGGAAAUGGGAUAGAUGUUCAGGUAUGGUCCGAUGCAUGGCUCCCCGGAGAGGGGCCGGGCCGGGUUACAUCUGCCAGACCGCCAGGAAUUAGAGAUAUGAAUGUGGCUGCCCUGCGGGACUUUACGGGGAAAAGACUUGCAGAAUGGGGAUGGUUCUGACUGGGCUCGGUUAUGAGAUUUGCAUGUCCUGCCGAAGCUCAAAUUUUUUGCGUGGCAGGUUAUUGAUGGCUCUCUCCCUACUGUUGAUAAUCUCAGGCAAAAAGGAGUGCAGGUACUUGAAGGGUGUAAAGGAUGCGGAGAUAACAAUGAAUCAACGGAGCAUGUUUUUCGACUGUGUGACCAUGCAAAGGAGGUUUGGAGGCAGGUGGGAGUUGACUUGGGCAAUCCGACGGACUCUGUGAACACUUGGAUUUGGCAUCAUUUAGGUGGACCAAAUGGGGAGGAUCGUUGCAGAUUUGUUGCUAUCUUGUGGAGCUUAUGGAAGAGGAGGAAUGGCUGUGUCUGGAAGGAUAGAUGGCAAGGAACUGUGGGGGUUAUAAAUGCGGCGGCGGGUAUUAUUUCGAGCUGGAGAGAUGCUCAAGGUACUGGAGGAGCAGGGCAGGGAAAGAAAGAUGCUGGUCCAGUGACAGUUUGGAAGCGGCCGCGGGCUGGUUAUAUCAAGAUAAAUGUGGAUGGGGCGGUGGAUGAGGACAAGAACAUUCGUGCCUGGGGAUGGGUGGCACGUGAUCACCACGGUAAUUUUUUAAAGGCGGAGGGGGCCUCAGAGCUAGCUAGCUGGUCGGCUGUGGAGACAGAGGCGGUGGGCAUUCGUGAGGCAGUGAUUGGGGCAUCUGAAGCAGGAUGGACUCACGUGGAGAUUGAGACUGACGCUCUC